AUGCCUAUCCCCGUCCCCAAGCCCGACCGCCUGCUCGACCUCCUCAGCCUCAAGGGCAAGGUGGUCGUCGUGACCGGUGCCUCUGGUGCUCGAGGCAUGGGUAUCGAAGCUGCCCGUGGUUGUGCCGAGAUGGGCGCUGACCUGGCCAUCACAUAUGCCUCCCGUCCAGAGGGCGGCCAGAAGAACGCCAAGGAGCUGGCAGAAGAAUAUGGUGUCAAAGUCAAAGCAUACAAGUGCGACGUGGGCUCCUGGGAGAGCGUGGAAGGUCUUGUCAAGGACGUGAUUAAAGAAUUCGGCAAGAUCGAUGCGUUCAUUGCCAACGCUGGACGCACGGCCGACAGUGGCAUUCUGGACGGAUCAGUGAGCGACUGGAUGGAGGUGCUCCAGACCGAUUUGACAGGCACUUUCCACUGCGCCAAGGCAGUCGGUGCUCACUUCAAGGAGCGUGGAACCGGCAGCUUCGUGAUCACCUCGUCGAUGUCCGGACACAUCGCCAACUUCCCUCAGGAACAGACCUCCUAUAACGUCGCCAAGGCAGGCACUAUCCACCUCGCCAAGUCGCUGGCCAACGAAUGGCGCGACUUUGCCCGCGUUAACAGCAUUUCACCUGGUUACAUUGACACCGGGUUGUCCGACUUCGUCGCCCAAGAUAUCCAAGAUCUGUGGAACUCAAUGAUCCCUAUGGGCCGCAAUGGUAACGCCAAGGAACUUAAGGGUGCUUAUGUCUACUUGGUCAGCGAUGCCAGCAGUUACAUGACCGGCAACGACAUGCUCAUUGACGGUGGUUACUGUGUACGGUAA